AUGCCACUGAGGCUGCAUCUUCCUUUAAUUCGUUUGUUAUCAAUCGUUUUUCUUGUGGUUCAAAACUUUGAUACCUCACGUACUUCUGUAAUCUGCCCUGAAGAAUGCUACAGGGAAAGUCGAGUUAAAGCUUAUUUGAAAGCUCAGGGGGAAUUUCUUCAAGGAGAAUGCCCAUGCGUUAAACCGGCCGGAAGUGAUAGUUGCUUGUCAUAUGAUAGUCGUUUACAAGCUACCACUAUUGAAGAAGCACUAUACGAGUUCCCAGAUUUUGUUAACUAUGCUACUGGUAACAAACCACUGGUUGAAAAGGAGCCUACACCACCACUUCUAGGCAGUAGUGGUAGAGGUCGAAUUGGGGCAGCAAAAGCGUCUGCUUCGCGAAAGACAGAAGGCUACGGCUGCUACAGCAUUGAGUGUCAGUCGUGUAAGGCAAUGGUAAUAAACAGUUUUGUAGAAAAUGCUGGAGUAAAUAUUACAACACCAAAGCCAAGGAUAAAUUCGAGUUAUUGCGAGCAGAAACGGAGCUAUGAACUUGGCCUUGCAAAAACAUCUAAUGCCGUAAUCGUAAACACAACAGAACCAUCUCCGAUUGUCAGCAAAAUUGUGGACCUUUUGGAGCCAAAAAAACGAAAAAAGCGCGAAGAAUCCAAAAGCGAUGCAAGUGAUGUCAAAUUGCUUGGUGUGGCAACCAAAAUUGGCUGUGACUAUAAACGUGGAGAAGAAAUCGCUUCCGGAUGGUCCGGAUUGUGUAAUUUGUGUUGGCAGUGGAGGAAACUUCCAGAAGACUAUUUUCCAACAUUCUUGAACGAAGUGGCUUGCGAUGAUAGUGAUAAAGGCUGCUUAGCUGCUAUAAUUUCACGUUUGAUUAGUUUUUACCUUGAAGUUUGCACAAAAGGGCUUGGAUUUGUAACGGUUUUCAGCUCCUUUCAAGAGGAAAAAAAAAACAACGGAAAAGAGGAAGCUGAAGAAGUAGGUUUUGAAAAGUGA